AUGACCACUGAUGAAAGUUUUUACUUUUCGCUGCUGCGAAUUUCAAUGAUACACCUUUUAAGGGCACAUGGCUUCGAUAGAGCCAAAAUGGGGACAGUUAAUCUUUUUACUGAUUUAUAUGUGAGAUAUCUAGAACUGAUGAUUCAAGAAAUACGGAAACUUACUCUGGAUCGCCGUGAUUUAGAUGAAGAAGUGUCCCUUCAAGAUAUUACCCAAGGAAUGCUCAAUAUCGGCGUAUUUAAACCAAUGAACCUACUGGAUGUUUACGAUGAAAACCCGUCCGUGGCAGGCGAUGAAGGUAUGCAACAGUUUAAAAGAUGGUUACUUCAAGAUCCCGCAACAACAGAAGCACGAGUUAUCAGUACCCCAAGUCCAGACCUGUUGAAAGUUGGUGAUAAAACUAGUAAACCAUUGUCAAUGAUUCCGGAGUAUAUCAACCAGCUGAAUACAUCGGACAAAAAGCCUAACGAUGGAGAUGAUGAGACAGAAUUGGUGGAAGCAAUGAUAAACAACGGGGAUAUGGAUGACUGGAUACAAUUCAUGUUGACAUCACAAAAAUUAGAACUUGCGAAGAGGAAGUCGGGGAAACUUCCUCAAGAUCUCAUUUCGUUACCGUCAAUUCCUGGAUUAAAAUACUCUAAACUAAGCCGAAGUCGACCUAUCAUUACCAAUUCAUGCAUUCCAGUUGGAAUCGAAAUUAACGAAGAUGAAGAAGGAAAAGAGGAAAGUACUGAAGACGCAGCAGAGCAAAUAGUUCUGAAAAGACUCAUCUCAAAGUUACCUAUCGGUAACCCAAAUAACAAGUUAGAAAACAUAGUUGUUUCAUAUGAAGAUGAGAAUAUUGACGAUUUACUUGAACCCCUCCAUACGGAGGAAGAUCAGCAAGACUACACCGAUAUUGAUAAAACGGAUUAUGAUUUUGAGACCUCUGGAACGGGAGGCUUAACUUUAGGCAAUGUAGUUACCACAGAGUUAGACGAAAUGGAGGACAUGCAAAAUACAUUUGAAAGAAGGGCAUCUUUGGAUUUUGGACACGCAUACGAUAUAUAA